AUGUAAUAAGAAUCAAUUAAUUUAUAAUCUUUAGAAAAACCAAACAUCAAAACAAAAAAAGUCAAUAAUAUAAAAGGAUUAGGAAAUAUCUAAAAAUUAUCAAAAGAUACUAGUUUUGGGGAAGAACAUAAACAAAAUUUAGAAGAUAGACUUCGUAUGCAUAAUUAUUUAAAGGAAGCAUAAAAUGAACUCAUCAAUAUCGUUAAUUCGAAUAAAGAGUAUAUGAUAUUUUCUUCUUAUGAUGAAAUGAAAUCUUAUCGAUAAAAAUGUAAUAACAAAUAGUAAGAAACUAUAUUCAAACCUUUAUCAUUUCCUGUAAAAGGAGGAUCAGUAAUUAGAUGUAAAAAAAUUUUAUUAAACACAACUCCAGAAGAAAUGACAUCUAAUUAUGGUAUUUUGACAUUAAAGUAAAAGAUAAAAGCUAAUAAAGUUUAUUAUGAAAAUCAGAAAAGUAUGAGUCCUCUUAAAUUAUAACUUUCAGAUGAAUUUCAUCAUAUAGAAGGGAAAAUUGCAAAAUAAAAUAGAAUUGAAUUUAUAAAGGAAUUCAGUAAGAUUUAUAAGAGAGUCUAAGUGAAAGCAUCAAAGAAACAAAUGGAUGAGUCAUAAUAUUUUUCAAAAUAUAGAUAAGCUGUCCAAAAAAUAUAAGUUUUUAAUUAAAGAAAAAGUGGUAAAAAUAUGUUGCCUGUGUUGUAAACUGAAAGAACAGAAUCUGUAAAAUCAAUAUUAUCAGAUUUAAAUUAUAGUCGAUGGUCAUUAGACUAAGAUGUUAGUUAUAUUCAUAUUCCUGAUUAAAAAUUUAAACUAUAAUAAAGAAUAGGAGGAGGAUUUACUAGACCUACAUAAGAAAAACUAUUAGACUAUUUUUACAAAUGA